AUGACUGCACCACCGCCGUCUCCAUUUGCCGAUCAGCCGUUCAAUCUCGCUGCCGAGAGUACCGAGUCCGCGAUCGAGGAGUGGCUGAAGGUGCGCAAGGUGUCCGAUACUGCAAGGCAAACCAAUCUCGCGAUAAAGCCCUGGCACUACGCCCGCGUCGGCGGCAUUCCAAUUACCACUCUCAUUCGCCGCCUGUGGACGAGCACAAGAGACGGCAUUCGCACGAACCGAUACCAACUUCCCGCGCGUUUCUACUCGAUUCUAUGGCUUACAUUGUUCGCAUCCUCUCUAGGAUUGAUUGCUGUGGGUGUCCCCGAAGGUUUAGAAGCGGCUAUGGACAGUCAGAAGAAUGGACUGCGAGGGGACUACGUGGGCCCUGCAUGUGGCGCACUUCCGCGAAGUCGAUUCUAUCGUAUCAUGGCAAGGCAACUCGUCAAUAGCCUUCCACUACUGGUCACCUUGACCAUCUUCUUCUUCCCAGCUGUGGUGAGGCCCUAG